UCAAUAGUGGACGACGCAAAUAGCACUCGAAACAACCUUAGCAACAAAAACUACAGAACUUGUACGGCUGUCUGUGGGCUGUGGACAAUCUGACGUCAGCUCGAUGGAGAAAUAGAGUUAACUUUACAAACAGAGCAUUCAGGCUGAAGCCCUGGCUCAUGUUUUCGAACUUUUACUAAGUUUAACAUAAUGUAUACAUCCAACAUUAUAACAUUAGUCUAUAUAAAUGACAGAAAAUCACAAAAAAACAUGUUAUGUCCCCUUUAACAGACUGAAUAAGAGCAUCUGUAAAAAUGAACUUUAGGUAGAUAUCAGAAGCUAGAAGGCAGGCAAGAAAACUGCGGAGAGAGAUAUUGUGUGAGGGUGGGAAAAGAUAAGAUAAGCCAAUAAACACUGGGAAUCAUAUUUCAGGCAUGGAUCACCCUGCCUGUCAAACCAAAAGCUACUGCUUGUGAGGGAGCACUUUAUCAGGACACAUACAUAAACAUUAGCAAAGGAUCAAACCAAUCUGACAGCAUCCCCUGGAAUUACUCUGCUGCUGAUUACUUUGAAGAUUUAAAAUGUAUAGAAAAAGGGGAGACUUCUCUCAGGUAAUUGUGCCUGGAUUGUUCUGAUUGCUUCCCAUGGAGGAAAAGCUGCCCCAGGCUAACCAGCAAUUGGAGAGACUCUUUGCAAUGCUCUUAAAUGCCUCAGUGAUUUGGCCCCAUCAAAACACACACACACACACGGAGAGAGGUGUUUUUUAUAGCAUCUGCAGCGUUGACACAUUGCAUCUGCCUGCAGUAAGCACCCAAUGAAUGGGAAAAUCACAGCAUUUGAUGCAUCUUUUUGCGUUGGAGUUGGUAUUUUCUUCUUCUUCAGCGCCUCAUGUGGAUAACCCCACCUCCUCUCAUCUCCUCUCCUCCCCUUUCUGCGCGCUGCACCUGUGUUGCUCCUGCUGCUCGUGCGUCAGAUGAUGGCAAAUGAUCCUUUAGACAGCUCUCGCUUCCCGAACUGGCAGCAGAGCAAGUCGACCACACGAAGCGGCUACCGGUCCUCCUCCUGCAGCCGUCUUGCACGGUCCCCGCUGUCUUUUCACACAACAGCAGCACGGGAACAAACUUUUGUCAUCAUUUUUACGCACACGUUCCCAUUUUUUGGACAAGCAGUCGAGAACAUCGCUGCGCCUUAUUCACACACCACCCGCGCGAUUUUCACAGAAACUUCAAAAGUACCAUGCAAGUUUAUGUGGCUGUCAUCUUCGCUUAUGGAGUGUCGGCACUCAAUAUCACAGAGGAAAAGGGAAUAUGUCCCCUUGGAUAUUUCCCUUGUGGCAACCUAACCCUGUGCCUCCCUCAGCUCCUGCACUGCAAUGGCAUUGAUGACUGUGGAAAUCAAGCAGAUGAGGAGAACUGUGGGGAUAAUAAUGGAUGGCCCCAUCUUUUUGACAAGUAUUUUGGAAUGCCCAACUAUAACACUGGGACCAAGUCCAAUGUUUGCCUGCUGGGUGUCGUUCCUGAGCUCUGCCAGUGCCUAGACCUUGAGCUGGGCUGUGACGGCGCACAGCUUCAAGACAUCCCAGUGGUGGCUAUGAAUGUCACCAUUAUGUCCCUACAGAGGAACCGGCUUCAGAAACUGAGAGCAAACACAUUUGUUAAGUACCAGAACCUACAGAAACUAUAUCUCCAGCACAACAGAAUUCAUGAUGUGAGUCCUGAUGCAUUCAGAGGGCUGUACAAUCUAACAAGGCUAUAUCUGAGCUACAACAAGAUAUCUGUCCUGAUGCCGGGAGUGUUCAAGGACCUGCACAAGCUGGAGUGGUUGAUCCUAGAAAAUAACAAUAUCCAUCAAAUAUCCUCCAUGACCUUUUCAGGGCUGAACUCCCUUGUUUUACUGGUUUUGUUGAACAACUCUUUGACAAAGCUGGAUGACGUCUGUCGGGAAAUGCCAAGACUGAACUGGCUGGAUUUGGAGGGAAAUCUCAUUGAAACCAUUGGAAAUGCCUCGUUCUGCUCAUGCAGCGUGCUGACAGUUCUGGUUCUACAGCGGAACAGGAUCAGCCAUAUACAUGAACAGGCUUUCUCAGUCCUUCAAAAGCUUGGAGAACUGGAUCUAUCCAACAACAGACUGGUGGCAAUCCCUCCCAAUCUCUUUGUCUUACUGGGGGAUUUGCUCCAACUGAAUAUAUCAUACAAUCCCAUCGUGGAGCUCCAAGUUGACCACUUUGACAAGUUGCAUAAACUGAAAUCACUGAGCAUAGAGGGGAUAGAAAUUGGAAACAUACAAUGCCGGAUGUUUGAACCUCUUAAAUACUUGACUCAUAUCUACUUCAAGAAGUUCCAGUACUGCGGCUACGCUCCUCAUGUGCGCAGCUGCAAGCCCAACACUGACGGCAUCUCAUCCUUCGAGGACCUGCUGGCCAACAUUGUGCUGAGGGUCUUCGUCUGGGUGGUCUCUGCCACCACCUGCUUUGGCAACAUCUUCGUCAUCUGCAUGCGCUCAUACAUCCGCUCCGAGAACAAACUCCAUGCAAUGUGCAUCAUCUCCCUCUGCUGUGCAGACGGACUGAUGGGCAUCUACCUCUUCAUGAUUGGUGCGUAUGAUCUGAAGUUCCGAGGCGAGUACAACCGGCACGCUCAGGCCUGGAUGGACAGCAGUCAGUGUCAGGUCAUCGGCUCCCUGGCCAUGCUGUCCACUGAAGUAUCUGUUCUGCUCCUGACUUACCUCACUCUGGAGAAAUACAUCUGCAUCGUCUAUCCCUUCCAGUACUUGACACCUGGCUGGCGACGAACUGUAACCAUCCUUCUCGGGAUAUGGGUGUUUGGUUUUAUUGUUGCUUUCCUGCCUCUUGCCUGCAAGGGGCUGUUUCGAAACUUCUAUGGGACCAAUGGUGUUUGCUUUCCGCUGCACUCUGAGCAACCAGAGACGCUGUGGGCUCAUGUUUACUCUAUUGUCAUUUUCCUGGGUCUGAACUUGGUGGCAUUUCUCAUCAUUGUCCUAUCCUAUGCGAGCAUGUUCUAUAACAUUCAGAGAACUGGCACUCAGACCACUAAAUACAGCAACCACAUCAAGAAGGAGGUGACCAUCGCCAAAAGGUUCUUCUCUAUCGUCAUAACAGACUCCCUUUGCUGGAUCCCAAUUUUCAUCCUCAAGAUCCUGUCACUGCUGCAGGUGGAGAUUCCCGGUACCAUCAGCUCCUGGGUGGUUAUUUUUAUUCUCCCUAUCAACAGCGCCCUUAACCCCAUCCUUUACACGCUGACCACACGGCCUUUCAAAGAGACCAUCCUACAGGUGUGGGCUAACUACAGGCAGAGGAGGCCUCUGCUCAGCGGUCAUCCAGCUCAUCAUCCAUCACUCUCCUGGCAGGAAACAUGGCCUCUGCAGGAGAGCAGCCACAGCUUCAACCAGGGCAACCCACUAGAAAUGACAGGCAUGCUAGCGAAGCUCACCCCUGUGGAAAAUACCAAUGAGGGGUACAAUGACAUUACCAUGCAAACACAGCAACAACAGAAACAACAUACAGUCCUAUCUGUAUGCUCACAGAAACAAACAAUGCCACAUUCACUCUCUCACACACACACAUACAAACAAAUGAAUGAACUCAUCUAGGUGUCUAACAGACACAGCAGAGCAGAGCUCCAUGGAUCUGUUUGUAAUGUCAUCAACCAAAAUAUGAUUCAGGUUCAUUCAUCUCAGCAAUUAAGAGCGUUUAACCUAUUAAGAACGCACAUUUUAAAUGAAUAAUCCUUGAUUUGUGAUCAGAUUUCUCCUUGUGGUUAAAAACAUUUAUUAAAUAAUGUCAUUUUGAUUUUGGAAACCUCACAUCUGUCCACUGAUCUUGCCCACACAGCAGCUGUUAUGGGAAAUGGUGAAGAAAGACUGCAUGCUGGUUCCAAAAAAUAUUUAAAAAAUAUAUUCCAAAUAAAUAUCUACAGUAAUUAGUAUAUUAAAGUACUAACUACUACACUACAUUAAAGGACUAGUUACAGUGGAAUGUCCAGUUAACACCUUUAGCAGUAGCAUUUGGUCCAAUAGCUUUCAUUGCUCAUGAAUCAGAAGUAGAAGAAUAUGUAUCUACGACUGCAAUCGAAACUGGACACCUAAUCAUUUAAACAAAGGUUUAUUAUUUUAUCAGAAUUGAUUAACUACAGCAACCGUUAGUCUUUUGACCAUGCUUGUGUGGCUAAGACUAUGUAACUGAAUUAUCACAGAGGACUUUUUUUGUUUGUUUGUUUUAUAGGAGAUCCAAUUUUACUAGCUUAAUGUGGACAAAAACUGAGUGUCAGGUCUCAACUUUUUAGAAAGACCAAUCUAUGGAGUAAUACAUUGUCCGGUUGAGACUAAUGGAGUUGGCAUAAAAAGAGAUCUGUACGAGAGAAAGAGAUCUCUAAUAGUCCAAAUAUAAAUUUCUCUAAUGUGUAUCUUUGUUGGCGUUGUUUGGAGCAUUGCACUUUUAGGGAGGUGUUAUGGGUUAAAUGAAAGUAUAUUUUGGAACAUAUUUUCUUGACUUACAUGUGUCUCAGCUUAUCUCAUUCAGUUGUCAGUAAAACCCCACGAGAAGUCUAAAACCAACAGUGAAUUGAUCCCUCUGACAAGUACCGUCUGUGUAGCCAAAGCCUGAUAUAGCUUUGUGCCAUGGAGCUCCAUUGUUGACCAAUGAGCUGCACCAAUGGACAAGAUAACAUGUUCCUUCAUUUCUGUGAACACUAGUUUAUUUUGAAUCAAUCCCACAUAAACCCUCCUGCUGCGGUAAAUACUCACAAUUGAGCACCAAAUCUGCUCUUGAAAAUAGUAGUGCAACAAAUGCACUGUUUACUCCUGUUGGAGUAAAUAAUAUAUGAUAUAAAAUUGAUAUUGAUGUAUCUUUUCAGUUGGAAUAAACGGACUCUGAAAGCAUCAGUCGGGUUGGGAAGUUGGAAAGUAUUGACUAACACAUUAUUGGUUUUGGUCUUUUCAUGGGAUUUGUUGAAAAUAUCAGAAGUAUAGAAUCUCACCAGCCUUAUCAUUUACCUCCACCCAAAACUUUCUCUCCUUAAACCAAAUUUAGGUUUUCUGGCUCAAAGAUAGAUGAAGAAAACAUAGCUUCAAAAUGUCCUUUAAGAAAUGAAUGGUUGGUGUCACACACUCCAUGUCCCAUGUUGUUCUACAGUCUUUGUGACUGUUCCCCUGGGUGUUCUGGUUCAUCUAGCUUAUUGCAUCUCCUCACUAUCUGCCUUCUUUUGAGAUUUACUUCAGCUGAGCCCUCGACCCAGGACGAUGACAGUGUAACACUCUUUUCUAAACUGAAAUCAGAUCCCCAUUAUUCUGUGUUUAUGAACCAUUUUCCCUCAGGGAUUGCUGUACCUUCAACCCCAAGAGACCCAGCACAGGAACAUGUAUACCAAUUAAGGAACAACAGGGACUGGACUACAUUGACUACAGCUAGGACAAGUGUUACAUCAGCCAGAGGUAACUCAUCCCAUUUGAAUUGGCUCCCAAUUACUACUGUGCAAGUUUCAUAGGCUCACAUUUUCCUCUUUGGGGUUCUGACACACAAUGGAGAAGUGUAUGUUUACACUUUACAAAAUCGUUUAUAUGUGUUCACUGUUUUUGUGUGUGUGUGUUAUAAUAGACCAGUGGCCCAGAAGUAGAAUCUCAUCCCUGCUGUAGCCUCUGGUUGGAGCAGCUUUCAUUGAUCGCAGUGGCAGCACUGAUACUGUGUGUGUAGAUGCGUCAUGCUACUAGAGAAGAAAUACAAUUACCCUCCUUUGAUUCUUCUUUUUUUAUGAUUUAAGAUCUGAUUCUAGGAUGCAACCAGUCUGUACUGAAAAAGAGUAAUGAUAACAAGACAAAACCUUUGUUUUGGUUCCAAGGCUUCUCCCAUUUGUUUUACAAUUCAGGCGUGGUAUGUGCUUUUUAGUUUAGACUAUGGUGAAGCGUCUCUUGGAACACCAAUUAAAAUAGCUAUUUGGCUCUUUUUUAAUUUGUGUCUUCUGGUCCUCCAUGCAAAUGCUGGCAGAGCCAAGCUUUAGUGGGCACAUAAAAUCUGAAAGUUGUCUCAGGUGAAUGAUGUAACAUUUAUUUAUUUCCCCUGCAAUGCUGACAAUUCAAUUUAGGAAAGUUACAGUAGGUUGCAUGCUUUGAGAUCCAGUGUUGUAAUGCAUAUCCAAAAACAACUGGAAAAUGCGAGUGUAAUGGCACUAAUUUAAAAAUAAAUAAAUAAAAAUUGUGCCACGAGUGAAAUAAAAUCUAAAUUGGGGGACUUUAAAUUGCAGUGUAAAAAUAGUGUACAUGUUUUAUUGUUCACUUACUUUGGUUUAAAUUGAGAUGUUUUCCUAUUUGCAUUUACGCUUUGGUGUGAUUGCACUGCUAAUUUUCAAGUGAUGCAAAAUUAGUUAACCAGUUAAGGCAGAAAAAGUAAUUUCAGUGGACAAACAUUUUGUUCGGAACUACGUUCCCCAAGUGUAAAAUAACAAAUCACAUCAGCAAAAGAUUCAUUUGUAGAUGAACAAACUCUGUGGGAGUUCUGCCUGUUUCAUCCUUUAUGAUAAUCCACUGUUUCUAAAAUUAUCUAUAAUUAUCAAAUUUUUGACAACAUUGCCACUAAUUAUCAAUUUUUUACAAGUCUCUUGAAACAAAUAAAUCUGUUUGUACAUUUGCAAUCCAAAAAAAAACCAAAAAAAAUUGCCAGUUUUACUAUUAAACAUGUUUACUGAAUAUGAUAUGAAGCUCUCAUGUGUGCAAAACCCAUAAGACACACUGAAAGUAAAUGCAAAUGGUGAACACUGUGUUUCAUGUUCCUAAAUAAAUCAAUCAAAUAGAGGAAUGCCAGGCUUUCAAAUGAGUUAAGUGAAAACUGUCUGAGAGAAUUUGUAUCUACUGUAAUAGCAUAGGGGAGCAUUUACUGACACAUGGAGCAUUAUAAGGUCACACACUUACAUCUUGGGCCCCAGUUAGUGGGAUGUAUAGGAAUUAAACUUGAUUGAUGUGAGUAUUUGAUGAUUGUUGUAUGUCAGGCCCACAGUUGCUGUAGAGACCUUUCUUGUUAGCAGUGUUGACAUCUGUUGGACUGCAUGGGGAUGUGACAAGCAUGUAAACACGACUUUGUUUUUGCUUUGGGGCAACAAAGAUGAUUAUUGCAAGUACGUACUGUUUGUGCCAAAGCUUCUAUUCAUAUGUAGUUUAUUAAUGCAGCAAUGAUAAUGAUGUUGGUCAAGGUCCACAAGUGGGUCUAUGAUGCACAGUUGGAUGUGAAGUGAUAAUACAUACAUUUUUUAUUUAUGCACAUUUUGUUGCUAUCGCUUCACCAUAGUGACUCAGCCUAGACUCAAAUCCUUGCAGAUCUCACAUUUGUUAUUGCAAUUACUGAUGAGGAGUUGCCUCAUUCAUGUGAAAAAAAGUGUGAAAAAUCCUCUUGGAACAGUGUUUUUCAUGCUUCUAGCAGCAGCUAACUCAGCCUGUUGGUAAUAAACAGAGUAAAAAUUAUGCACAGAGUAGAAACUUGGCUUAGCGGACACAGAGAAGAAACAGUAAAAUCAGGCACAGCCAAAACCAUCUUAUUACACCACCACAAUGACAGCAGCCCCAGUCCCUCACCACCUAUCAGCAAGAAAAGUAUAAUAACAGCAACAACUGCUGCGAUUUUGAAAUUUGCACUAUCUGCAGACAAUACAUAUGGUUUCUUUUUUUGUUAUUUGUUUGUUUGUUUUUUAUAACUGUGUGUUUUCAGGUAUACAUUUUACAUUUCAGCCCCGCAAAAUGUACAUGCUUUUUUUACCAAAGCAAAUUUUCUGCUUAAUACUGGGAAGAGUACAAAUUAGGGGUGAUCCUAAAUAAACUUUAUUUAUCCAAAGAAUUAAAAAGGGAGGGUGUAUAUAUAUAAUAUCCACUGGAAGUUAGUGUGACUUAUUUCUGUUGAUCAUUGUGUUUAGCUAAGUACAAACAAAAAAUGUGAAAUGUAAAAUAUCACACACAAAAAAAGUAGUUACGAAAAAGAACGUGACUGAGGCUGUACCUUUCAUUGGCUGCAGGUGGUGCAAGUGUUAUAAUUCCAACAACUACUGAUUUUUUUUCUGUAGGAGGUGAUGUAAAUAUGUCUACAUCUGUAGGUGUUGGGGGUCGGCGUGCUUAGAACUGGUCUGCUAAUAUAACAGCUUCCCCAUAUGGAGAAUCUGCAACCUGUACCCUGAGAGGCUUUGCAUCUACAAAUAAACAACUUGAUUGCUCACAGAAAGGCAUGAAUCCUAAAAUGAAUUCUUCUUUCAAAUUGACCGGUUUCACUAUUGUUUAUUUACUGCAUUCUACACUGAGAAAUGUCAUUCUGUUGGGACAAUGUCUAUGUUUAGUUGUAGCUGUUACCUGUUUACUGUAAGCACUUCUUUUCUUGAGUCAAAAUUAUCGGUUGCAUAUUUUGUCGUGGCUAAUGACUGUAAUACAUAUGCUGUAAAAGUGUUGUUACAUAUUUUCAUAAAACAUGUUUGAUACACUUCAGUGUUUAUAUUACCAUGUCUAGACGAUAAUUUACCAGUUAAAAUUCUGGUAAUGAGAUAAUGGGAGGUGCAGUAAGCCCAUAACAACCACCAAAGAUGUUGUUUAUUGUUUUAGUUUAGUUCAAAAACUAAACAAAAAUAGGGAUGUUUUUACUUUAAAAUCAAAACCAGAAACCACCUUUAAAUCAUCUGCAUCAUACAUAUUUUGGACUUGAAGAUUAGAUUCAAGUUUCUUUUUUGUACACUUUGUGAUUGGACAGUUCUACUGAAGACGUUUCUAAGGUGAAUCAACCCAAUUUUGUUCUUUUAUGUUUUCAAGAGUGAAUAGACUCAUCAGAAUUUAUUUCAUUCUGAAUUUUGCCAGUUUAAUGUCUUAUAAAUUACAUGCAAUCAUAUUUUGUGUAAAGAACACAUUUUUUAAAUCAAGAUCACCUUCUAGAUUCAACAUUCAUCCCGUCUGCUAAGGAGGCAUACUUUUUUAUUUUUUAUUGGUCUCAAGUCACCAAAAGGCAUUGUUGUGCAUCUGCUACCAAAAAAAACAUGUUGUAGAGAUAUGUUUAUGUUAUAUAUGAUGAAGGUUCAACAAUGAAUGUAUUUAAUUAGGGCACAUAUAGACAGAACAUUUGGUGAGGGUUGCAGCUAUACAGGCAGCAAUUUCUUAGGGGAGGGGGGUGUUACAGUCUUUCAUACACCCUGUCUUAAAUUUCCCAGCUGGUCUGGGGGUUUGAAGUUAGACACAACCUCGCCUCACCAACACAACACAUCACACUAUACAUUUUUACACCAUGAUCUGUACAGUCAAGACAUUUGUGCAAUGAUCAUAAUCUCUUCUGUGCAUACUUUGUUAAAUGAAGUACUGAUUCCUGUGGAAAUUGACUUUUUCAAUUGACAUUGUAAAUGUAUGAAUGUAUAGCAAAUGUGCUAUAACACAGGAGAAUAAGUUAUUAUGAUUAUGAUCUGUGAACAUAUUGUAUGUGCCAGUUUGUGUUUACAGUAUAUUCCUGUACAUGCUGAAAAGAUAAUCUAGCAGUUGCUUGAGAUAUACUCAUAAUAUCUGCAGGCUUGCAUUUAAUGUUGAUGGGAUUUUCUUUUAAAACAUGUGUUCUCAUUUAAGUUAUUGUAUUAACUGUCAUACAAUAAAAUUACUUACUGAAGUAGUUUC